AUGAAAUUUUCCAUUGCAGCUGCCUCUCUCUGUGCUCUUACUUUCUUAUCCUCUGCUGUGAAAGCUGAUAGUUAUUCAGACGCUAUCAAAGAAUUCUGUGAUGGUCUCGACGUCACUGCUCCCACUGCUUCAGAUGUAUUUGUUGCUGGCCAAAACGCCACUGUUACUGUCACUCGUGUUGCUAAUAGUCACGAAAAGCAAAUCACUGGUCUUGAUUUGUAUUCGGUUGAUAGUUCUGGUAACCCCAAGUAUGUCCAAAAUGUUUGGGCCGGUUCCUAUUCCUUGGGCACUUCUGCUUCCCUUUCUGAUCAAGUUCCUUCUAACUCUACUGCUGGUCUUUACUAUUAUCGUGUCUGGGUCACUAACAUCAUUAACGGUGGCCAUGGUCCUGAUUGCCUCAAGACCUCAAAGACUUUCAAGGUCACCACUGGUUCUCAUACCAACGCUGCUGGUUUUACAUACUAUGAACAAUCAUUAGAUGACAGCGACUACUAUCAUCCUGAAUUCGCCAAGGGUUGCUUUGGUUUGAAGGUUCAAAACCCUGCAGAAGGUUCAACUCAAACACAAGGAAGCCAUGUUGCUGUCAUGUUGAGUCGUGAUAGUGCUUCUCAAACCAAUACUUUGAAACGUCUUGAACUUAUCAAGUCUUCCAAUGGUCAAGAAGAAUCAGUCGAAACUGUUUGGGAAGGUGACGAACUUUUGACAGAUGCUUUCACUAUCAAGGAUCACUUGAACAUUCCUAGUGACAAGUUCGACUCUAGUGCUUCUUACUACUAUAAGGCUGAUGUGACCAGUGACAGUGGUGAAACUUGUAGCUUCCAAUCUGGUGCUUUCAAGGUCGCUUCUGCCUAAUAAUAGCUUUUUAAUACCGUUUCAUCCAUCAGCUAUAAUACACAAAUUCAAUAUUAUACACAUUCUAUUACAUAUAUAACUGUUUUUAUACAUUCGUUCAUAAAAAAAAAU